CCUCCUCUUCCUCCUCCUCCUCCCUUUCUGCUGGGAAUGAUGAGUGUGCGCCUGCCUCCUUCCCCGUCCGAGCAGAUGGCAGACCCACUGCGGGGACAGGCGUGAAUGAAGCAGGCGACGCCGGGAUAAGGAGCCGCCUCCUCCUCCUCCUUUUCCUCCUCCCCUUUUUCCUCCUCCUCCCCCAGUGUAGCCUUCCCCACUCGUCCCUCCAUCCCUGGCGCAGGGGAUGAGCGGCUAGUGCCUUGCAGCCGCCGCCGCUUCUCUCUUUUUUCCUCCUGGAGCCCGAUGUCAGCGCCGGCGGAACGGCUUCCUUUUCCUCUUCCUCCCUCUGCUGCUGCUGCUGCUGCUCCUCCUGCUUGGGAAAAUGAAGCGACACCCCCCAUGCCGCUGCUGCUGGUGCUGGCGGGGGUGUUAGGAGGAGGAGGAGGAGGAAGAAGAAGAAGGGCGGCGCUGCGCACACCGCAAGCCCCCGGAUCCCGCGCUGCGCCGGAGGAAAGGCGGCGGCGGUGGUGGAGGAGGAGAAGGAGCGCCGCUCGGGCUGCUCCCGGGCCAGAGGACUGACUGACUGCCUGGCUAGCUGGCUGGCUGACUGCUGGAGGCAGCAUCUGGGCUGCUAAUCCUCGCCGAUAAGAAGAGAGAGAACGAGCGCGCCUCUCCUCCUCCUCCUUCUCCCCGCAGAAGGAGGGGAUUUCUUCCUCCUCCUCUUCCUCCUCCUCCUCCUUGGCGAGGAGCUGGAGCUGCCCCUGGACCCCACGCUGCAGGACAAGGCAGGGGCAGCCCCGAGGCCAUGCGGGAGAGGCUUCCCGGACUGGCUUCCUAGUAGGCACCGAAAGAGAGAGAGCGAGAGCCUUCCUUCCUUCUUUCCUUCCUUCUCCCCCUGGCUCCGCUCCCACAUGCCUGUAGACUCUAGCGUUUGAAAAGCCUGCUUCCGAGGCGCGUGGGGCCACCUGGGUUUCGCGUGGGAUCUAUAGAGACAGACACACCACGGCAGAAGGCGAGAAGAGGAGUGUCUCCGCGUUUCUCACCGGACCAUUGAGUGGGAAAAGGCCAGAGGAGGGGAAAAAACAGAAAGAUCCUUGUAGGAAUUAUCCAUCCAAAACACUCACAACGCUCGUCUCACUGGCCAUCAUGGGGGAACAACCCAUCUACAGCACCCGAGCUCAUGUCUUCCAGAUUGACCCUAACACGAAGAAGAACUGGGUUCCCACCAGCAAGCAUGCUGUUACAGUGUCCUACUUCUAUGACAGCACAAGAAAUGUCUAUAGGAUAAUCAGCUUGGAUGGCUCAAAGGCAAUAAUAAAUAGUACCAUCACUCCCAACAUGACAUUCACAAAAACAUCACAGAAGUUUGGUCAGUGGGCAGAUAGCAGAGCAAAUACUGUUUAUGGCUUGGGAUUUUCCUCGGAACAUCAUCUGUCAAAAUUUGCAGAAAAAUUUCAGGAAUUCAAAGAAGCAGCACGGCUAGCUAAAGAGAAAUCCCAGGAAAAGAUGGAAUUAACAAGUACACCCUCACAGGAAUCUGCAGGUGAGAUUCAGUCUCCUCUUACGCCUGAGAGCAUUAAUGGGACAGAUGAUGAAAGAACUACCCCUGAAGUGACUCAAAACUCAGAACCAAGGGCUGAACCAACCCAGAAUGCAUUGCCAUUUGCGCAUAGCUCAGCAAUCAGCAAGCACUGGGAGGCAGAACUCGCCACGCUCAAGGGUAACAAUGCCAAGCUUACAGCAGCUCUGCUUGAGUCUACUGCCAAUGUGAAACAAUGGAAACAACAGCUUGCUGCAUAUCAAGAGGAAGCAGAACGUCUACAUAAGCGAGUGACUGAGCUGGAGUGUGUGAGUAGUCAAGCAAAUGCUGUUCACACUCACAAAACAGAGUUAAAUCAGACAAUACAAGAAUUAGAAGCAACGCUGAAGAAAAAAGAAGAGGAAAUAGAGAAAUUGAGAGAAGAAAUUGAUAAUGCUAAAGAGCUUCAGGCACAGAGGGACUCCUUAACUCAGAAGCUACAAGAAGUCGAAGUACGAAACAAAGACCUGGAAGGACAACUGUCUGACCUGGAACAGCGUCUGGAGAAAAGUCAGAGUGAACAAGAAGCUUUUCGCAAUAACUUGAAAACACUUUUAGAAAUUCUUGAUGGCAAAAUCUUUGAACUAACAGAACUACGCGAUAACCUGGCCAAGCUAAUAGAAUGCAGCUAAAGGAAAUGGGAUCUCAGUGCCAACCUUCUUAAAGAUGCACUGUCUCUCUUCAUAGGACAUUGUUGGGCUCUGCAUCAAAGUUGCACAAAAUUAGAAAAGCGCUCCUCCAGGAGGGCCUGUUUUAAAUUUUCAACCGUAUAUUUCAGUGUAAAAUUUUAGAAUUCAGCUUGUAGCUAGUUGGAAAAAGAAAUAACUUGAAUUACAAAUUACCUCCUUGUAUAUAAUUGGCCAUAGAUAACUCGAAAGAUAUUAACAGUAAUUGAAUGCAAUCCUUUUCUAAUUAUUAGCCAGUGAAAUAAUGAGAAGUGCCCCAAAUGACAUCCCUUCUAGUGUUAGACACGGUAGAUGAUCUCUUUUGUUUUAUUUUCGCGGUCAAGGCACCCAGGUGCUGUGUUUUGUGCAAAAACUUUGUGACGACAGCCCUGUCUUUUGUUGUAAUCUUAAAAAUCAUUUCUCAGGAUAUUUUUGCACUGUCGAGAAGCAGUGCAUUACCAAUUAAUUCUUGCCAGGAGUGAGAGAGCUUUGCAUCUUUAAUUAAAACUUAGUGAAUAACUGCUUGUAUAGAGUUCUUCCCUUUUUUAUACUGGAAGAUACUGUAUUUAUUUAUGAUGUUCACUCUGGUGUUCUUCAAUAUUGUCCACUGUAUGGUUUACUUUUCCCUGUUUUUCGUCCAUGUGUGUAGACGUUCUGUAGUCCAUUUUGUUACACUUUUUGAAGCCAAUCUAUGAAGACAGGUGAGUCCCUGUUUCCCGCUCAAAAAUUAAAAUUCCCUAUACACCAAUGAUUAUAAGGGGCAAUCUCGUCCUAUUAAAUGUCACAUACGAGGGGUGUUCAUUAAAUAUUUCCCCUGACCCACUUCUUGUGGACUGAGAGCAAUGAAACUUGGCACAGUUAUUAGUCCUUCUCUCCAUUGGUGCCACCUAGGGACACACACUUCUCCCAUCUUCUUAAGCAACUAUAAACACCUCACUUGUUGAAGUUGACAGGUUGCUCCAAAAGCCAUGCGGUGGCUUCGGAAAUCCGAGUGUCAUCAUCUGAAAAAUGCUUGCCCUUCAAAAAUAACUUCAUUGUUGGAAAGAGGUGAAAGUCUGAUGGUGUGAGGUCAGGUGAAUAAGGGGGAUGUGAUAGAGUUUCAGAGCCACAGGAACAUGCUUCCAUUUGGGCAACAUGUGAGUUGCAAACUGGUGCAUUGUCUAGUAGAAGGUGGACACCCUGAGCAUGCCACGUUGUCUCUUGGUUUUGAUGGCCUCCCGCAAUUUCCGCAGCAGUGAAGCAUACUAUGCCCCAGUGGUCAUGGUACCCUUUGCUUGGAAAUCUAUCAGUACUACUCCGUGCUGGUUCCAAAAUACUGUGAGCAAGUAUUGGGCCUUCUUUGGAGGUGGUGAAUCAUGACCCUUUCAUUGCAUUGACUGGACUUUAGUUUCAGGAUCAUAGUGAUGGACCCAGCUUUCAUCCUGUAUGAUCAAUCUGUUGAAAAAGCCCUCCUAGUUUCCAUGGCACAUUGUCAAUACAGCCUGAGAGCAUUCAACUCAUUCUUGCUUUUGAAAAGGUGUGAGCAGUCGGGGGACCCAGCGAGAGGAUACCUUAUGCAUGUGAAGGUGGUCUUGGAUGACUUUUUCCAUGGACCCCAUACUAAUACUGACAUUUUGGACUACGUAGCUAAUGGUUAUGCGGUGAUUUUUCAAAAUGGCGAUCUCCACUUGCUGGAUGUUGUGUUCAUCAAUAGUCCUGGAAUUGGUGCUGUUUCCACUGAAAUCUGACCACAUUUAAAUUGACAAUGCCAGUUGCUGACUACGUCAUAUAAUGGGGAAUCAUCACCAUAAACCUCUUUCAUCUCAUUGAACAUCUCCUUUGGCGUGCAGCCUUUCAAAUAAAGGAACUUGAUGACUGCUCUGAAUUCCACUGGGUCCAUUAUCAAACCUCACACCACUUCAGCACCUGUAAAAUCAAGACCGUUGUCAUUUCUGAGUUGUAAAUUGGCAUGUAACCUAUAGAGACUUAUAUCAUUACACAUGUGCGGUUUCAGCAUCCUAUGGUAAAUAGAAGUGGGUCAGGGAAUAUCUUUAAUGAAUGUCCUUCGUAGGUUUAUUGCGUUCUGCUACUAAGAUGUGUUUAUUUAGCAUGAAACCUCAAGUUGUAGAACUAAGAUGGGGCAUUCUCUUCAUGUUGACCACCUUUUUUUAAAAAAGACCCUGUAAAUUGGUAGAAAACUGACAUGGUGUUUCUCUCUCGCUCUCAUUUUCUCUGUGUUAGAUCUUCACAUCACAUCUUAUUAAAAAAAAAACAAACCACACCAGGCAAUAUUCUGAACUUCAAACAGGAAUUGAAUUCAGUUAACCUCAGUGAACAUCUUUUAAAGUUGUUUUGAUGUAAUUUACAAAAGACUUGUAUUUCUUUCUAUAAUAUUUUUUUUAUUUUGAAGAGGAAAAAAAACCCUGAAAAGUAAGCCAAGUGUCAGAGAUGUCUGCUUACUGAAUGGGAAUGGCAUUAUGGGACAGUCUUGCUGUAAAUUGUCUAAUAUUGGAGAGGAUUCUAAAACACGGAUGACAAAAGAACCCACCGCAAAGAUGCACUGACCUUUUUAUUUACACCCAAAUUCAUUUGAAUGUUCAAUACGAAAUCCAGCUGCGAUAUAAAUCUCUGUACAAUAGGUGAUUUUUUUUCCACUUAAGGACUGCUAUUCAAAACUUGAUAAUAUAAGUCGGGUUUUUUAUGUGUGUACUGUAUGUAUAUACUGUAUAAUACACGCAUUCUAAUUUGUAUUCAAAGUGGGAGAAGAUACAUGAUUUAAUUUAUAAAAUGCCAUUUUCUUUAUCUGUCAUUGAACAGGUAUCUCCUGAAAAGGUCAGGACUGCUAUUAAAUGAAACCCUAAAUUAUCAUGUAUUAUACUGUAUGUACUGUACACAUGAAUUACAUUUCAUCCCUAUUUUAGAGUAUUUUAUCACUUUAUUUAUUAUUGGGGGAAUAUUUCUUCAUCACAUUCAUAAGUAAAAAGCUUUCUAUGGUGAGUUUUUUUUAAACUUAAUAGUUAGAUGUUGAUGAUGUGUAAUUUUAUGAGGUCCUGGACAGUCGUGAUAUUACCUGAUUUUAAUUUACCUGGAGACGUUUGUACCUGAUUCUCUUGCAACUCGAGCGUCAAUCGGAAACAUCUUCAGAAAAGUAUAAAAUUGGUGUAAUUGUGAAAGGAAUGCAGUAUGUUCAUGCUGAGUGUUCUUAAUUAUCACAAGUUAGAACAUAAAUCUGAUGGCAAAAAAGUUACAUUAUUUUUAAUGAGAUCGAAAUUUUUAAUACAGUGACAUUUACCAGGUGGGAAAAUAACUGUUUACAGACUAUUUCCACUGAAAUGCUGUGUAUAUGUGUGGUACAAGAAAUUGCUUUGUAUAUGUACACACAAAUAUGUAUAUAUACAGUACAUGGAAACAUUUAAAUGUGCACAUUUUUAAUAUUUUCCUACUGAAAUUAAAUUUUAAAAAAUUGGAAAUCAAUAUUUGAGAAUUUCCUUUCUCAUGUAUAUUAAGAUAUUCUGACUUUGGGUUCAUAUGUUUGUAAAAAUAAAACCUAUGAGGGCUGCACCAUUGAAAAAAAAGUCAUCUAAUAUAUAUAUAUAUGGGAUAAGGUGGAUUUAAGUGCACAUAUAAAUAAAAUCCUAUUAAGAAUAUUUUAAUGAUCAUUUACAGUAAGUGGGUAUUUAGAAACUGUACUCUAGAAAUUGUACUCUGAAGUUCUGAAUUAGGUAUGCGUACCUACUCUCGCCUCUACACUUCUGUAUUAAGAUAAUAAUUGGCCUACUGGAAAAAAGGUUUUUCUUUUUCUCAGAGACAGGUAUGACUUAUUGUAUUUAUUAUAAGAUAGGCUGUGGGAAUGUAUAUGCCAGAAAAUAAUGUUGGGUAUAAUAGACUUUGGGAAAAAAUGCAAAGAACUUACAUAGGAGAAACAAUCACAUUGUGUAUAACUUGUUGGUAUAUGACAAGUAUGGAACCUUGUUUUAAAAAAAUCUUUUAAAACCCAACAAAAUACAAUUUUUAUUUUGAAAUACAAUUGUUGUUCUGGAGAAUGUAAUUUACUCUUCUUUUCCCCCUCCUUCUUGAACUCUUUCUGAGUAUUACAGAACUGUUCAAUGGAUGGCAGCGUUUACCUUAAUCCUUCAGGUGCUACUGGAUUUUGAAUUAGAGUGUCAUGUUGUGCAAUUCUGACUUUGACAUAAAACGGUUUUAUAAGUAUA